CCAACUUUAGGGUUCUCAGAAUGCACUUAAACAGUACAACACCUCAUUUACCUUUCAAAUUAACUUAGUUCCUUUAAAAUAUAAUGAGUUUGAAUAUUUUAAAAUGUCCGCUUUUGAAUUUAUAUCAUUUUUAGUUAUGAUAAACAUUCUUGUUUAGCUUCUCGCACGACUCUUGGCAGAAAUCAUCUUACGAGCCAUCGUACGAUCAAGGGAUAUAACUACUGAUGACUUCGUUGACAAAAUCUUGUGCUAUGUGUCCAUCUUCUGAUUAUUUCUUCAAGAAGUAAAUAAUGGCACCAAAAGAAUCAAAGGAUUAUUUGGUAAUAGGUGGAUGUGGCUUCCUUGGUCAACAUUUGUGCGAGCGUCUUCUUGAGCGUGGCUAUUCAGUCAGAGUAUUUGACAUCAGAAAAACAUUUGAAAAUGAAAAAAUAACUUUCAUUAUUGGAGAUUUAUGUAAGAAAGAGGACUUGAUGGCAGCCAUACAAGGAGUCAGUUGCGUGUUUCAUUGUGCUUCACCAUCACCACUCAGCAACAACCGUGAGCUGUUUCAUAAAGUCAAUGUAGAGGGCACAAAGCUCCUUAUUCAGCUAUGCAAAUGGGCAGGAGUUCAGCGCCUUGUGUUAACUAGUAGCGCCAGUGUUGUGUAUGAAGGGAAAGACAUCAAGGGUGGCCAUGAAGACCUUCCAUAUGCUGCUCAACCCAUUGAUGCUUAUACAGAGACCAAAAUUAUGCAAGAGCAGAUUGUCUUAGCUGCAAAUACGAAGGACUUUUACACCUGUGCUGUUAGGCCACAUGGCAUCUUUGGUCCCAGAGAUCCGCAUCUUUUGCCUACAGCUGUGGACCUAGCCCGUCGGGGAAAAUUUAAAUUUAUUAUUGGUGAUGGAAAAAACUUGGUAGACUUCACCUACAUUGACAAUGUAGUCCAUGGACAUAUUCUUGCUAGUGAAAACCUGGGAGGAGGCUCUGUUGUUUGCGGAAAGGCAUACAAUAUCACCAAUGAUGAGCCAAUCUACUUCUGGACUUUCAUGACGCAGAUUGUUACUGGCAUGGGAUAUGAUGCCCCCAAGUACCAUCUGCCAUAUCUCCUGGUUUACUUCAUAGCAGUUUUUCUGAUGCUGAUUAGUAGGCUGCUUUCUCCUUUUUGCCAUUUUAUUCCUUCAUUCACACCCAUGAAGGUUGCUUUGGCAGGCACACACCACUUCUACCUGUGUGAUCGUGCCAAAAAGGAUAUGAAGUAUAAGCCACUGGUUUCACUGGAUGAUGGGAUCAGGAAGACCAUCGAAUCUUUUGAACGCCUAAAAAAUGGUGGUGAAGGGGACUCGUAACCUGUAAACCCUAAAGGAUGGGGGAAUUUUUUUUAAAAGUUUAUAAACAUGAAGACUUUUGUAGGGGUUGUAAACCUCUUAAAUUAUUAAAAAUCCAUGUAUAACUCUAUUUCCCACCCAAACCUUAACUUAAAAAAAAUAAUUUAAAAAAUAAAUGACACAAAGAAGUAAAACAAUACAAUGUAUACUCUGUACUGUUUAUCAAUAUAUUUUAUGCAAUGAUGA